UAUGUGAUCCUGCUGAUGGCCCUGUAUUGGUGCACAGAGGCGCUGCCCUUGGCCGUGACGGCUCUGCUGCCCAUCGUCCUCUUUCCCUUCCUGGGGAUCCUCCCAUCUAACAAAGUUUGCCCUCAAUAUUUUUUAGACACCAAUUUCCUCUUCCUCAGUGGUUUAAUCAUGGCCUCGGCCAUUGAGGAGUGGAAUUUACACCGCAGGAUCGCGCUCCGGGUCCUCAUGUUGGUGGGAGUCCAGCCAGCCAGACUGAUUUUAGGGAUGAUGUUGACAACGUCUUUCCUGUCCAUGUGGUUAAGUAAUACUGCCUCCACUGCUAUGAUGCUUCCAAUUGCAAAUGCAAUCUUAAAAAGCCUGUUUGGGGAGAAAGACACAUCUAAGGAUAUGAAAAGGGAAAAUGAAGAAAACCAAGCUUCACAGGAAAAGUUUGCUUUGCAGCAACUCUGGCUUUCCGUUGCACAUCCUAAUCUUUCUUUUUCAGCAUCUUUACAGCAGAAUAAACUUUACACUGUACCAACUGAGAUGCAGUUUCUGGCAAGUACUGAGGACAAAGAUCUGACUGAGGAGAAGGAGGUUGCCAGCGAUGCUCUCUCAGACUUAAAGAAGGAGGAGGAAUACAAAACAAAUAUAUGGAAAGGUUUCCUCAUCUCAAUCCCAUAUGCAGCCAGCAUCGGAGGUACGGCAACGCUGACGGGAACUGCACCAAACCUCAUCCUUCUGGGACAGCUGAAGAGUUAUUUUCCAGAAUGUGAUGUGGUGAACUUUGGUUCUUGGUUUAUGUUUGCAUUUCCUUUAAUGCUGAUUUUUCUUCUCCUGGGAUGGCUAUGGAUCUCCAUCCUGUAUGGAGGAAUUAACCUGAGGGGAUGGAGAACAAAAAAGUCAAAUAUAAGAGCGGAUGCAGAAGCCCGAGCCAGAGAAGUGAUAAAGGAGGACUAUCAGAAACUGGGUCCAACAAAGUUUGCAGAACAGGCAAUUUUCUUCUUCUUCUGUAUGUUUGCGAUCAUGCUGUUCUCCAGGGAUCCCAAAUUCAUUCCAGGUUGGGCAAGCUUGUUUGCACCAGGGUUUAUCUCGGACGCGGUUACAGGAAUCACCAUUGUGAUUAUCCUGUUCUUCUUCCCUUCGCAAAAACCUUCCUUCAGGUGGUGGUUUGACUUGAAAGCACCGAACACUGAGACGCAGCCCUUGCUGACUUGGAGGAAGGCGCAAGAGACAGUGCCCUGGAACAUCAUCUUGCUGCUUGGAGGAGGCUUUGCCAUGGCAAAGGGCUGUGAGGAGUCUGGUUUGUCUGUCUGGAUAGGAGGCCGUCUGCAUCCCUUGGAGGGUGUACCACCGCCUGUGGCUGUCAUCCUCAUCACGAUUGUCAUCGCCUUAUUCACGGAGUUUGCCAGCAACACAGCCACUAUUAUCAUCUUUCUGCCUGUCUUGGCAGAGCUGGCCAUUCGUCUGAAAGUAAAUCCCCUCUAUUUAAUGAUACCAGGAACUAUAGGAUGCUCCUACGCGUUCAUGCUCCCAGUCUCAACACCUCCUAACUCAAUUGCAUUUUCUUCUGGACACUUGAUGGUCAAGGAUAUGGCAAGAACUGGGUUGCUCAUGAAUCUUAUGGGAGUUCUGCUUCUUAGCUUGGCUAUGAACACAUGGGCCAAGAGCAUCUUCCAGCUGGGGACCUUCCCUGCAUGGGCCAACAUCCAUGCAGAAAAUGCCACCUCACUCUUGACAGCUGUAGAAAAUGUCACUUUAAGUGCACUAAAUAAAAUAUGA